AAAUGGAGCCUUCCAGGCCUCUCAAUUCUAGUCACCUCAGAAGACUCCCUUGGACACUCCCUGCGCUGGCCUCCCUCCACACCCUGAAAGUUUUUAUCUGACCAGAAUGUGCCCUUGAACUCUGACAAUGCCGCUAGCCUAUCUAAACAGAGGAUGGAGAAGGGUUUGUGUUAAACUAUCCUAGAGGUCAAAGAUGAAAUGUACAUUCAUUGGGCCACCCACUUUUGCUUCUGGCCUUGCCUGCCACUAGUAUGUGGUCCUUGGACAGUGGUCAAAAAGGGUUAGAUAAAGGGCUAAGAUAGGUUGCCCAUCCCUGCUGCGUGCCUGUGGCAUAGAAUUGAGAAAUGUCCUGAUUUUGAUCAUGAUAGGGAAAUUGCUAUAAUGUUUUAAAUUUAAAACAUGCUUUUGCAGGGGCAAGGAAAUAUCCAGAAUGUUUAAAACAACACUACAAGCAAGCAGCUGUGUUGGUCCUUCAUUAAUAAUAAAAAAGUAACAAUAACAUUUGAGGACCUAUUAAUGUUGUAAACAGCUUUUAUUAAGCUGUGUAUGUGCUUAAUCUUUAAAGCCCAUUUGAAAUUCUUACUCCAAAGAGUUCUGGGCACUGUAGUUUGUCAAGGGUUGUUCAGAAUUGUAACUCUGUGAUCCUAAAAGUAGAAUUAAAAAUGAGAUGCUGUCCUUUGGGUUUUUGACUGCCAGGCUUGGUUGACUUGAUACAUGUUAAAUGCAGCUGGCUAUGCACCAUCCAUGCACCAUCCUGCUAUGAUGACAUCCUUGUGUGUUGUUUCUACUGCAACAGGUAGAUAUUUGCACUGAAUACAGCUACUCCUCUGCAGCAUGUUCAUUGCUCUGCUUCCCAAAAAUAUUUUUAAAAGGAACUUAUCUCAGAUCAUUGUUCUCUUUCCCAGCCCCUAUUUGAUCCAGUUCCUUAACCACAUCUGUAUUAAUUCAGGACCUUCCAUUUCCCUCUUUACGGGGUUGAGGGCAGAGAAAGGAAGCAAGUAGAGGCAAGGUUAAAAAUAAAAACCCCCAAAGGAAAUACAGACAGAAAUGGAAAUGUUGAGGAGAAAAGAAUUCUGCAAUCUGCUGGGUGGUCGCACUACAGUGCCAUUACAUAUUGCUGAGUGUGUUUGCACUUGAGUGUGAAGCCAUGAGUCAGAGAUGCUCCGCCACUCAGCGGUGAAUGAUGUUUUUGAGGAGGGCUGCCGUUGGGAAAGCACAACUGCCCUGCAUCUCUUGUCGGGCAGAAGAAGACGAGGAAGAAAGCAUCUUGGCUGCCGUGGGGCUAGUUUUAUUUGUGUCAACAAAUGCUUGAUGACAGAAGUCGCGGAGGGCCAGCUGGAGAGAGUAUGAGAACUCUGCAGCAACAGAAAGCAGCAAGAGGAUGCCAUGCCAUCAAAUCUGUAAGCGUGGAACGGAUGUGCCUUCAAGAAUGGUAAGAUGAGCAUGGGGUGCAAUGAGGACAGCCACCCCAAUAGCCUACAUAAUUCCCUAUGAGGCUCACACCCACCCACACCUAAGUGAUUUUAGUUUCUUCCCAUCAUCCUUUGCCUCCCUGUCCAGCCAAGGCUGUCAAAAAGACACUGUGUGUGGUUGGUAGUUCCUCUUAGAACCAGAGUCCCUCGGCUAUCCAAUGACGACGGAACUCAUUGAAGAAGCUUCGUUGGGCAAUUUCUCCUAUGACAUUGAGCGUGGAGAAGAAAGUCCUGUCACCAGGGCCUUGGGCGCAGUCCUCCUCCUCAUGUGUCUCUUUGGGACAACGGGCAAUAUCUAUACGCUGGUGGUAGCAUUUGGUGGCAUGUCUGUUCGCUCGGCGGGUUCUUUGCGCAUCUACGUGGUCAACCUGGCCUUAGCCGAUCUGCUCUACCUUUCCACCAUCCCCUUUGUCGUGUGCACAUAUUUUGCCCAGGACUGGUUCUUUGGGGACGUGGGCUGCCGGUUUCUGCUCAGCUUGGACCUGCUGACGAUGCACGCCAGCAUAUUCCUGCUGACGGCCAUGAGCGUGGAGCGUUAUUGGGCCGUGACCAGACCGCUAAGGGCCAGGCAGGCUGGGAACAGCUACCGCAGGCUUGCUUGCGUUGCCGUGUGGCUCGUCUCGUCUUUUCUUACGGUGCCCAUGAUGGUCAUGAUCCAGCAGAGGGAAGGCAGGAGUGGAAAGCUCAUCUGCUUCCCCACGUGGACGCCUGGCGCUUUCCAAGUGUACCUCACGGUUUUGUUUGGCACGAGCGUCCUUGGGCCUGGUUUGGUCCUGGGGGUGGUGUACUCCCGGCUUGUGCAGGCCUAUUGGGCUUCCACAAAAGUCAUGUGGUCACCUGUGGCGAGCAGGGCCCUGAAGCAGAAGCUGUUUCCCAGGAUCUUCAGCAUCAUCGUCGCCUACUGGGCCUGUUUUGUACCAUUCUGGGCCUGGCAACUCACCAAGCUGUACUGGCCAGAGGACUUGGAGAUUGGGCCGACCGCCCAGGCUUACCUCAACUUUGGCGUUACCUGCUUGACCUAUGGCAACAGCUGCGUCAACCCUUUCCUGUAUACCUUGCUCACCAGGAAUUACCGCGAGUACAUGGCUGCUCAGGGCGGAGAAAGGCCACGUAGGAGGCAUGCUUUCUUCAAGAAGAAAACGCAUGAAAUGCCCCAAGCAGAACAUGUGUCUGUGGCAGAGGGAGGAGGGCUGGGAUAAAGGAGGCAAAGGGUGGCCACCAAUAAUCUACCCCAAGGAUGCCUUUGUGUCUGCCUGCACAGCUGGGCUUAGCCUUGGAGAGCAGCAGUAGUAGCAAGAUGGGGAACAGUGACUGCAGACUUCACUCUGGGAACCUGCAUGUUUGCUUGUUCACACUAAACCAUCUUUUGGCUUAGUGUUGGGUUGUAACUGGGCCAUAGUGUAUAUCAGAGGUAGGAAACCUCUGUCCCAUGGGCCAGAUUUGGCGCACCAGGCCAUUUCCCCCAAACCACACUGACCCAACCUAUAGCUGCUGUUUGGCCUGGCUUCUAAUUUUUCUAUGCAAUUCUGUUUAACCUUAUUCUUUUCUGCAGAUCAGUUUUCCCUAAUGUACAGUUUUGUAUGUUAUUUUCACUAAUACAGUGGUACCUCGGGUUAAGUACUUAAUUCGUUCCGGAGGUCCGUUCUUAACCUGAAACUGUUCUUAACCUGAAGCACCACUUUAGCUAAUGGGGCCUCCCGCUGCUGCCGUGCCGCUGGAGUACGAUUUCUGUUCUCAUCCUGAAGCAAAGUUCUUAACCCGAGGUACUAUUUCUGGGUUAGUGGAGUCUGUAACCUGAAGCAUAUGUAACCUGAAGCAUAUGUAACCCGAGGUACCACUGUAUAUGUAUUUUUAUGCACACUUUACCCGAGUACAUACAUUAUGGCUGGAGAAGUGCCUUGCAAGAUUUGAAGCAGUGUAAGUCUCCAAGGUUGGCUGUGUCUUGAUGUUUGUGUUGUUUCAGAAAUUUCAAAUUGGGUAGGUUUGCCUUUAAAUGUGAACUGAACUGAAUUUCUCCCCAUUCCUACCUAUAGCUCCCUAUCGAGACAGUGAAUGCCAUUUGGAAAUCUUUGCUUUGCAGCUGUCCUGUAAUAAGUACAGCCAGAUCCGUAGCUGCAGUAAUCACAUAUCCUUCCCCUGUUGGCUCCUGUUUUCAUUUCUCUCUCCUUCAUCUGUUGCCUUCCUUGUGUUGACAGCUAGACUGUAAACCCUUUGAGGGCAGGGACCUCUCCUUUGAUUCUUCAGUUAAUUUAUACGGAGGAUGCUUUAAUAAUAGUAGCAACAAACAUUCUGUUCUCCCUCCACUCCCAAAUAAGCAUGUAUUGUAAUCCAUUUGCUAAUACAAGCAGCUUUAGUAGCCAGUGUAGGACAAAUUAUUGAGGACUAAAUGAAUGCAGCAUACAGGAGGCAGAAAAGAGAUUCCAGCAACAAUGUUAAGUGAGAGUGGGGAGGAAGGACUCAAGUGAUGAUCUUUGGUGCAAGAAUAGAUGUUUCAAAUACGGUACACAAAUGUCUCUAGUUUUAUCUGUGAAAUAUUGGCAUGGCAUGAUACCAGCUUAGCAGCAGCCAAAGAAGGAAUGUCUUAUGUGGCUGUAACAUACCUCAUAGCAGGAGAACUUCAGAAGGCAGGAAAAUAUGUGGAGAGAGAAGGGUUGGGAGGUCACACUUUCCUGUGACUAACGGAGUAGUUUGUAGAAUAUAACAAGGCCUUUAAAAAGUUGGUAGUUGAUCCACAGCAAGGUGAGUUUUUCUACUGCACACAUAUAAGUGCUUGUUGCACCAGAUCAAUGUACAUACAGGAUUUAAUAAGUUUUUAGUGCUUUAUAAACAUUAAGAAUAGUCGUCGGUAUUGUCCUACUGAAUGAAGAAAAGCAGAAUCCUUUGCAACUGUCUCAGCUGCAGACUGUUACUGUUUUGUGAGAGGGACUCAAUAACUUGUAGGUUCCUGAAAUCAGAAUGGAUUAAAGAGGUCUGCCACUCUGGUGCAACAAGGCCAGCUUUUUAAAAUAAAAUAAAAACUUUUUGUGGUUUGGAAAGCAACACCCCAGCUGUAACGGUUGUGCAGAGGAUGUGGUUUUGUCUGGCAUGCCUUUUCUAAACUCAGCAGUGCAGUGGCAGGGCAAGCACCACCAGCCACAUUCCCCUCCAAAAUGAUUCUGCUUGCCCUUUGAGAUCUGUGGAGGAGGUCUGUGUGGUGCAUAUGGGCAGGGCCUUUUCU